AUGUUGAAGACACAUUUGACACCACAACGUCCGAAAUCGCGCGGGAGCCUUGAUAUUGUUCCAAUCUUUACUAGCGAAGAAACUCUGACAAAGAUCAUUUCUCGUUUUAAUGAUGAAGCUUCAAGGUCUAUAUCAUGCUCGUCCGAAGAAAAGAUCACAAACCUCGAAGAUCAAAUAAGUUCAGCAAAGAUUGGCGGCAUCUUAGUUUUUUCUACUCGACGUUUCGAUGAGAUAGUCAGUUCAUGUAAUCCCGAAACUUUCAUUGCCACAUCAAGUCCUUCAGAUCCGGCACUUCGAAACAAAAGGAGCGUCGAGUCAUGUCAAAAUCGCCCCUUGAUGUUCUCUUUGAAGUCCGAAUCUGGACCGUUGCCCAUUUGGGAUAUGGAAGCAUUACUUGCAGAGAUGGCCAAACAGCCAUCGAAACCAGGGAUAUCACUCAUAACGGCGGCUCUCAACCAACUCACGGUCCUCACAGCCUCAACACGACUUGUGGAGAUUCUCAAAGAACAAAUCUACACCGCGUUAUGGGAGGCUGCAUCUUUCCCCAACACACCCUCCUCUCCACCAGUAAUAGGUCAAGGUGCUUGCCUUCUGCCUUUGACGGAGGCGGCCUAUCCUCUGCUACUCGCCUUGAGGCGGUCGACCUGGUGGCUCGGUCAGGGCUUUGAACCUGGACAUUUCGCAGCUAUUCAUCAAAUGACAGAAGAAGCAGAAGCUCGCAAAUCAGCCAGAAAUCAGGUUUGGGAACAAUGGCUUGCACAGAAGAUGUUGGUUACAGGUCAAGUCAGAAAUAAUGGAGAACUAUGGAUCAACAAGUCGAAACCGAAUCAUCAUGAGCAUUGGAAAAGAGUAUAG